GAAUUACUCUUUUGUCAUUUCCACUUGAACGAUCAUACCCUUCUUUCCUUGACGAUUCCAACGAAAUUCCACUCGCACGGACCGUUUUCGGGAUAGAAAAGUUUUUUUGUUGUUUAGGUUUCUACUCCUUUGCCUGAAAUUUGAGAUACCGUUAUAGUUACGAACUCGGAUUCACGUCAAUAUGUCAUUCCAGAACUUCGAAUCGUUCCAAAACCAGCACCCAGCGGCCGACGCUGCCGCUGCUGCCCCCGGCGCACCUGCUACUGCGGAUACCAUGGCCGGCCAGGCCGACCCUACCGCCGCCCAAUUCCAGGGCCCUGCUCCUGGCGAGCCAACGGCCGCUCCCGUUCAGCCCGCUCAGGAGGGCAAGACCACUCUCUGGAUGGGUGAGCUUGAGCCCUGGAUCGACGAGAACUUCGUCCGCAACCUCUGGUUCCAGAUGGGCGAGCAGGUCAAUGUUAAGAUGAUCCGCGACAAGUUCUCUGGGAGCAAUGCCGGCUACUGCUUCGUCGACUUCUCCUCUCCCGCUGCCGCCGCUAAGGCUCUGUCGUUGAACGGCACUCCUAUGCCUAACACCAACCGCCUCUUCAAGCUGAACUGGGCCACUGGUGGUGGCCUCGCUGACCGCAGCCGUGAUGACCGUGGCCCCGAGUACUCCAUCUUUGUUGGUGAUUUGGGCCCUGAGGUCAACGAGUAUGUACUCGUGUCCCUCUUCCAGAGCCGCUUCCCAUCUUGCAAGUCCGCCAAGAUUAUGACCGACCCGAUUAGCGGCAUGUCUCGUGGCUACGGCUUCGUUCGUUUCUCCGAUGAGAAUGACCAGCAGCGUGCUCUGAGUGAGAUGCAGGGAGUCUACUGCGGCAACCGUCCUAUGCGUAUCUCCACCGCUACUCCCAAGAACAAGGGUCCUGGUGUCGUUCCCGGCGGUAUGGGCAUGCCCGGUCCCGCGGGAAUGUACCCUCCCAUGGGUGCUCCUCCCAUGGGCUUCUACGGUGCUCCUCAGCCCAUGAACCAGUUCACUGACCCCAACAACACAACUGUCUUCGUUGGUGGACUUUCCGGCUAUGUCACCGAGGAUGAGCUUCGGUCUUUCUUCCAGGGAUUCGGUGAGAUCACUUAUGUCAAGAUCCCUCCCGGAAAGGGCUGUGGUUUCGUCCAGUUCGUUCAGCGCCAUGCCGCUGAGAUGGCCAUCAACCAGAUGCAGGGUUACCCCAUCGGCAACUCGCGUGUGCGUCUGAGCUGGGGCCGCUCUCAGAACAACUCCGGUCCCGCCGGAAGCCCUUACCGCCCAGCUCCUCCUCCGCCUCCCAUGUACCCUUCUAUGGGCAUGCCCCCUGCCCACCAGUAUGGCGGCUUUGCGCCUAUGAAGGUUGGUGACCCUGAAGCUACUGCAUGAGACUCCGCGGUACCUAGUGCAAGCUAGAUUGUUAACGAAAAUAUCUAGUAAAAAAAAGCGUUCCUUUUUUUGAAAGCCACAGCAGGAGUUUUGCGUCAUUUCAAUGAUGGGUCUUUUGUGUUAUAACAAGUCUGCUAUCUAUCUCUGCGAAAGCUCCCUUCUAUAGCUCUGGAUGGGCAUUUUCUCCUGUGCUACGUAUUUCAUUACAUCUGAGCGCUUUUUCAUUUCCUUUCCACUUUUUUGUUAGCAAGAUUUGAGCUCUUAUUUCACAAACUAUCCUGCUAUUUUUUCUUCUUGAUGCCUUGUUCAACAAACCCCUUCCGAAUUCGUUUACGUUCUCCUUUUCCAAAUGCCCCCUUUGCCUUUCUAUUACGUUUGUGGUCCUAGGCCCACCUUAUGCGUAUGACACCUGAUCGAUUCGUUGGUGCGUGUCUUUCCCCUUAUAUCCUUGGGCAGGCAUUCUGCGAAAAGUUCCUAUUCUCGAGCCUUUUCUCAUGAAGCAGUCAAAUUGAAUUAUGUUUCCCUAUGAGGAUGUUGCGUCUUGCUUUCUGCUAGAAUGGCGGUCUGUACAACACUGUUUCCCUUCAACAUCUUCUUUCCUAAGUGCAGUUCACUUUAUGGAGUCCAAUGCGUUCUCGCUCGUUCAGUGUCUGUCUUUUGUGGUUAAGGCGACCUAUUCUCUGGCUCGUCUGUUCGCCUGCUCUCGCUGCUGCAUCUGGAGUGUCAUCAUCUGGGGUUGGGUCCUCUCUCUUUUCUGAAUCUUCGUUAUUGUAGCUACUGGAGCUGGAACAAGGCUGACGGCUGUUCUACCUACCCUGGUGGAUCUUCAGUUGAAGGCUACGCUGCAUGUUUUCUCGGACGUUGGUGGCAAUCUGUGACAUCGUGACUAUGAUCUGGGCGUUCUCGUAUUUAUGAUCCAUCCUACGUAAAUUCGCGUUUUCUUUGUUCUCUAUCCUUGGCGCGUCCCAGGUGCAUCUGGCCAAUUUGUAUUUCAGUCUCUUUACGGAUGAUUCCCCCUUUCGCUACGCAGUGAGCUGUCGCAUCUAUAUGUUAAUUCAUGCCCUUCCCUGCGAUGCUGACCACGCUUGGAGUCGAAUAAUCGCAAGACCAUGGGCCUCGAUCGUGUAUAUGUUACUAGAUGGCCAGGCUACCCAACUGAACGGGGCUUUUGUUCCUAAUCUCGCUUUAU